ACGGGAUUUAUUAGCGCCAAAAACUUUAUUCUUAUCCUUUUUAUACAACUGUAUUGGGCUCCUCUUUAUCCUGAAGAAAGCUCUUUUCAGCUAGCCUCGGUGGCACCAGGAGCGCAUUUCGUUUACGGGGCAUUCCGAUCUCAACUGGCCGGACUUGGUUCAUCGGCUGUAUGUGCUUAUUCACGCGCUACCGUCUCGCAACGGAUGGCAAGCGUUUUUCGGAACAAAAAGGUGGCUUGCCCAAGGGCUAACGACACUUAUGAGCACACCUACAUACGGAAUAAUCCGCUUAUUUCCACAAAGCUAAGCACCUCACCUCUAUUUGUACAUUACGGAACGGAUCGAUUUACAGAAAUUCUUGUAGAAGAGAAUGUUGUUGAUUUGGCAGGUCGCCAUAGUACCAUAUUCUUCGUAGCUACUGAUCAAGGAAAUGUAUUCAAAAUAGUCAAAGAUAUCCACGAACGUGAUGCUACACAUGUUUUAUCAAUGAAAGCUGUUGAGG